GUAGAGUCGAAGAGAAUUUCAAGAGCAUCUUUCUACGUAUUUAUAUCGGAAUCACUAUACAUGAAUACAUCGAUUGCUCACUGGAAAAUGCCAGCGCAAUUACAUCUCGAUUAAUCACUAGCAAACCGACGGUAAUGUACAUUCACGGUUUUUCAGAAAAUGUAGAGAAAAAGAGCGUACAAACAAUAGUGGAAGCUUAUUUGAAAAGAAACGAUCAUAAUAUUAUCGCAGUGGAUUACAGUAAAUUUGCGAACGACUCGUAUGUAACAGUGGCAAGAAAUGCUCCUCACGUUGCAAAUGCUCUUACGAUGAUUCUCGAUAAGAUGAUGAAGGACUUUGAUACCGAAAAAUUGCACAUUAUUGGGCACUCCAUGGGCAGUCAAAUCUCCGGUUAUAUUGGCAGAAAAGUUAAUUUUAAGAUUUCUAGAAUAACAGGAUUGGAUCCUGCUGGUCCCCUUUACAACUUUCUUCAACCUCAUCUUUCGCUCUCUGAUGCCCGUUUUGUGGAUAUCAUACAUACGGAUUAUGGAUUUUAUGGUAUUGCCAGGACUACAGGUACAGUGGACUUUUUCCCAAACGGUGGUGAACGCAUACAACCUGGCUGUCCACAACAUCCUAAAUUUUAUAGCAAAGAUGAUUUCUGCAGCCAUCAGCGUUCUUGGAAAUUCUAUGCAGAAUCUCUGAUCAACGAAUCUGUCUUCCUGGGUGUACAAUGUUCUUCAUUAUCUCAUUUGGCUUCCGGCAAAUGCAAUAAUAAUACGCAGAUUAUCAUGGGAUAUGCCACUCCAAGCAGCGCGAAAGGAACCGUUUAUCUUAUAACGAACGAUCAAAGUCCUUUUGGAUUGAAGGAACAAGGAUUCUUGACUUGA